AUGACUAAAGAUGCUGUCGAACAGCCUCCAAAGACCCAAUCCUUACAUCCUGCAUACUCUGUCACAAAUAUACAGAGUAAAAUCCGAACCCUAGACGGAACCAAUGUCACGUAUUCUCAAUGGAUCAGGCUGUUUCGCUUACAUGCUGUCGCCUACAAGGUGAUGGAUCAUAUUGAUGGUACUGCCCCCCCCCCCCCCCCGGCAUCUUCAUCUGCUGGAUAUGAGGUCUGGAAAGAAAUCGAUGUGCUUGCCCUUCAAUGGAUAUUCGGCACGCUCUCCGAUGCUCUUCUUAAACGAGUCAUGGAUGGCAGCACUGUUACGGCUCAUGUUGCGUGGUCCAAACUUGAGAAGAUAUAUCUCAGCAACAAGAAGGCAUGUGCUGCAUCAUUGGAAACGAAGUUCUGUAAUCUGUCUUUGUCGGCUUGCUCCUCCGUUGAUGCCUACUGUCAGCAAUUGACUGACCUUGCAAAUCAAAUGGCCGAUGUCGAUGUUCCUGUGACCAAAUCCCGCCUUGUUCUUCAACUGGUAAGGGGUCUCCCAGCCGAGUUCAAUACUACUGCAUCCCUUAUAAACCAGAAUGAUGUUGAUUGGGAUCAAGCUGUUAGUAUGCUACAAGAUGAAGUUCUGCGUUUAGACGCCCAAAAAGACUCUCAUGCCACUGUUUUAGCCGCCACAUCCUCUCAAACCACUCCUCCAAACAACCAGCAGACUCCGUCUUCAGACCCCAACUCCUCUUCCACUCGUGGUAAAGGCCGGGGACGUGGGUCCUGGAACCGGCGUGGUGGCAGGGGACGCGGCGGCAGCAACAGACAGAACUGGUCCGGUCAACAGCAGCAGCAAUCCGGCUUCUCUCUACAGCCUGGGUAUCCAAACUGGGCUGGUGGACAUCUCCACCUUGCCCCUAUCCGACCCAGCAGCAGUGGCGGCCCAAUUUCAGCACCGGUCAGCAGCAAACAGCACCAUCUCAGGCUCACUUUUCCGCCGUUCCUCAACAGCAAUUCGGUGGUUUUAGCCCUACACCUCAGGGGUGUACAAUGCCUUGAGUCCUUCUGA